CAUAUUGCGCCAAAGUUGAGGGGGCCGAGUGCAAAACCACCCGACGCGACGCGAGGCUUCCACUCCGCCACCGCCACCGCCACCGCCGCGCCUCCCCUCCCCGCCGGCGACGGCUGCCAUCCCACCGGCCACCGGGAGCAGGAAGCCAGGAACCCCACCGCACCAGCAGCUUACGCCGCAACCAGCCCAUGGGCAGCAUCGGCGGCGACGAGGCGGCGGUGCUGCGGGCGGAGGAGUCGGCGUCGGGGGGCGUCGACGUGUGGAGCGACGCCGUCUCCUCCCACGACCCCGACCACCUCCUCGUCAUGGUCCACGGCAUCCUCGGCAGUAAUGCUGACUGGCAAUAUGCGGCUAACGAAUUUGUAAAGCAACUUCCUGAUGAUGUAAUCGUGCACUGCAGUGAGAAAAACAUUAAUACCUUGACUCUAGAAGGUGUAGAUGUUAUGGGGGAACGUUUAGCAGAUGAGGUGAUCGAUGUAAUCAUUCGAAAGCCAGAACUCACUAAGAUUUCCUUUCUUGCACACUCUGUUGGAGGAUUAGCAGCAAGAUAUGCAAUUGCAAAGCUUUAUAGACAUCCAAGUGACACAUCCAAGAGUGAAACGAAAGGAACCAUCGGCGGGUUGGAAGCAAUGAACUUUAUAACCGUAGCAACACCUCACCUUGGGUCUCGAGGGAACAAUCAGGUUCCCCUUCUCUUUGGGUCCAUUGCAAUGGAAAAUUUUGCUUCUCGUGUGGUCCAUUGGAUAUUUAGGAGAACUGGGAAACAUCUUUUUCUCACUGAUGAUGAUGAGGGAGAACCACCAUUAUUGCAGCGCAUGGCUGAAGAUUAUGGUGAUCUUUAUUUCAUAUCUGCUUUGCAUGCAUUUAGACGACGAGUGGCUUAUGCAAAUGCCGACUGCGAUCACAUUGUUGGCUGGAGAACAUCGUCUAUCAGAAGAAAGACUGAGCUGCCUAAGUGGGAGGAAUCGAUAUCUGAAAAGUACCCCCACAUUGUACAUGAGGAAUACUCAGAAGAACUCGGUGAUGAAACAUGUCAAAAUUCGGCAACAGUUUGUGAUUCAGACAUAUUGGAAGAAAAAAUGGUGACAGGACUUCGACGAGUAUCAUGGGAAAAAGUAGAUGUUAGCUUCCAUACCAGCAUGCAGAGAUUUGCUGCACACAGCAUAAUCCAGGUCAAGUACCAGUUUAUGAACGAAGGCGCGGAUGUCAUACAGCACAUAAUAGACCACUUCCAAGUCUGAUAGUUCCUCACUCUUGGAAACAUGGAGCAGAGCUGCAGAUGGUUUUCCACUCUACUUACAGAAAAUUAGAAUCCAGAUUUGCUUUGUUGUACACCAAAAUCUCCCAGAGCUGUACAUAAGAGGAAUAUCAUAGAAAAAAACAAAAAUCUUAUAAGACUCUUUCAGAGAAUGGCCACUGUUGACCUGACAAUGUUCAUUUCCCCCAGAGAACUUCUCAUGUGGAAUGUAACAACAUUGCAUGAGAUAUACGUCAGGCACCCUUUGAAAACGUAACACCAUUGCUGUGUGAAAUGUACUGUCUUUAUAUGUGAAA